AUGGAUUUAUUACUUGAUUCUCUUUUACCAAUCAAAAAGAAAAAGAGAACCACCUAUGUGAAGGUGACAUCGACCGAUACUGAGAAUGCUGAAACGCCAACUAUUUCUGGCUCUGGGUUUCUUUUUGAUAAUGAUGCUAUUAAUAAAAUUAAAAUUCGUCUUGACGACAAAGAAGAAACAGAUGAAACACAAGAUGCCACUCAUGUGAGCAACCAAACUGAAAAGUUAUUUCCAACUCAAACACAAUUAAUUUCACAAUUAUAUGAGGGGGGUGAAGACCUAGAAGAUACGAUGGAGAAAACACAAGUAAUUGAACGUACUUCAAGUCAUAAGACUGGUCCUUCUGAGAUUAUCUCAUCGGUAGAUAGGCCUUUACAAUCCACACAACUGAUUGUGGAAGAAAAUACAAAUAUGGAGGUUGACCAGGAUCAUAUAAGUCUCAGCCAAACUCAAGUGAUACAAGCUGGUCCAACGAAAAAUGAUAAUGAUGGUAAAAAUAAUGAUACGACUAAUACAGAUGACGCUGAAACACAACUAAUAGCUCCUCAUGAUUGCUCUAACGAAAAAGAUUCCACUAACCGUGAAGGUUCCAAAAAUGAUGACAACGAUAAUAUAUUAAAUUUCACCCAAAAUUUUAGCAAAUCAUUAUUUAAUAUAGCAGGUGAAUCCAAUGAAAUAAUUUUGCCAGAUGGCAGUGACGAUGCCAUCAAACAUAUUGAAGAAACACAACCAAUAUCAAAUACACAGGGAACCCAACAAGUACCACUUCCUUUAGAAACACAGAAAAUAAGUUAUGAGGAUGAAGAGCUAUAUACUACCUAUGCUUCUGAAACCCAAAAGAUUCAGGACAAUGCUUCAACAUCCGAAGAAGAGAAAUCUGGCCAUACAUAUUCUAAGACUCAGGCUGAUGACGAUAUGAUGGAUACCCAGCCAAUUGAGCCUGAAACUCAAAUGGACCAUCCAAAACUCAAAAUGCACAGUAUUCAGAAAAUGUUAGCAGAAGAGGAAGAACAAAGGGAACAAACAAAAAUGGUUGAAUACAACCGUCCAAUUAAAAAAACAUGUGUUAAGCUAAAUUUCUCAAAGGAUGACUUCCUCGCCGACUUUGAUGACAGUGCCAAUGAAUCAUAUGAUGCAUCAGAAACAGAACAACCAAAUAUCAUUGAAAAAGAAACAGUAAAUAUGGAAGAACAGUACGAGAAAGAACUCGAUGAAUUUGAAGACAGUGAAAUAGCAAAUAAGACGAAUGAAGAGGAAGAUUUUGGAAGUAAAUUAACUGCCGAUACUAAAAAUAUGCCCCCUUUUCACAUUGCGGGAUUGAUAAAUUAUGAGACUGAGCUAAAGAAAGAAAUCCAUUCAGAUCAGUUUAUCAACUUAGAAGAUGACAGCAGCGAUUCUGAUUCUCAACCGAAACCGUCUCAUGUCUCAAAGGCAUCCUUAUUAAAUAUUCGUGUUCGUCUUUCGAAGAAUGCAACUCACAAAAAGAAGCUUGAACAAACUAAAUCAAAUCCUAACAAGUUGUUUAGUUCUUUAAUCCAGGCUAAUCAAAGACAGAUAUUAGAACAGCGAAAAGAAAUAAUAGAAUCGAAAGGUUUAGAUAUCAGUAUGAUUGAGAAAGAGAAAGACAUAGUAGAAAAUCUGUUAGAACAGGAAAUAUUAAGAAACAAAAGAAUCAGGAAGCGUGAGAAGGAACAAGAAGAGAUGGUGAAUGCCGACGGUGAGAUGGAUUUUGAUUAUAGUGAUAACGAACUAGAGGGUUCAGAUGACACUGAUAAUGAACGAUCUCUCAAUGAAGAAGAGGAUAACAUUGAUCUAGCCGAUAUGGACACCAAUAGCGCAGAUUACUCGAAGGAUAACUACGAUGAAACAGAGCUCGAUACAGAGCAAAAAGAGGAUGAUGAUGAUGAUGAUGAUGACAUUAUUCCUUCAAAAAAGACCAAAAAGCCCAAAACACCUCAUAUUAGAAAUAUGGAAGAAUCUGAUGACGAUAGCGAUGCUGCUGAAUCUGUCCAAACAGCCGAAGAAAAUAAUGAGGAAAAUCUGUCUUCUGUAAGGAACGCUAUAGAUUUAGGCCAUUAUGGGAGCAAUUUAGAUGGACCUACCACACGGAAUAAUGAAAUAGAAUUUGGCAAAAACGAUGGUGCCUCAACGAAGAAUAUAGAAGAAGAUGAUACUGAAGCAAGAAUAGAAUUUAUAAAACAUGAGAAAAAGAAACAAUUAGAACACGAAAAAAAGGUACAAAAGAAUAGAGAAGACAUGAAAAAGAAAGGCAUUUCAAAAUUCGUUGAAGAGGAAGCAGAAGAAUCUGAAGAUGAAUGGUUUGGUGUAGGUGGUGCUGAUGGUGAAGGUAUGGAAGAUUACGAUUCUGAAGUAGAAAAAAUGAUUGAUGAUUACUCGAAGGCGAAUUUCGAUCCAGAUGAAAUACGUCAAAUGAUUGCACAAGAAAAAAAAGAUACUGAUAUGAAAAUGGUUGAAAAGAUAUUAUAUGAUUUGAAAAAUGGUGGUCUGAAAAAACGUGGUAGAUCUAAUUUUGAUCUUGAAUUAAGUGAUGAGGAGGAUGAUGAUCUACGCCAGUACCGUAUAAAAAGAAGAGAAAUGAUGAAACAGAGACGUCUGGAUCUUGGUGAAGAUAAAUUACUCCAGAACCCCAAAUCCAAAGCUUUCUUCGAAAGUAUGGUGGAAGAUAUAGCUGACUCAAAGAAUCCUUUUGGAGAUGUGGAGACAAUCAAUGAUACUCAAUCUACAGACACUAAUGGCGACACACAAGAUGUUCCUGAAAAGGAAAGUAGUGAAAGCCCCGAGGUUGAUUCAAAGAUUGUUACCACUUCUAAGAAAUUUACCUUAUCCGAAGAUUUUGUUCAGAGAAGUUUAUCUUUUCUUAAUGAGACAAAUAAAGAUGUUGCUGAGAUAGAAAAUGACAGAAAGUUAGCAAAAAUCCAACAUGGGAAAGAUAUUGAUGAUCUGAAUACCCUAAAAAAACAAAGUUCUAUCAAAUCUUUCAAAUCUAUAAACAGUUCACAUAGUAGCAUUGUAGAUCUCGCAUCAGAAGAUCCUCAAUCUGAAACGAACCAGACAAGGAAUCCUGACCAAUUUGGUGGUGAUCCAAGUAUCUCGCGUUUCAGAAAUCCAUCCAUUCUAAAACUCUUUGGCUCAAAAACAGAUGUCAAUGAUAAGUUUAGAGAGGGAACGAAAUCUGUUAAGGUAACAAAUUCAUACAAGACAGUUGGUGGUAAUAAAUCCUCUAUUACAUAUAUGGGUAAAACUAGGAAGUUAGUUCCACCGAAGAAGAAAAAUAGAGGGUUCUUAAUUGGCUCAGAUAGACGUUCGAAGUUAAACCAAUUAUUUAACAGCCACACGGAUAGCUUCGAAUGA